GACUCGUUUCCCUUCCCCUUUUUUUGACCCUUUAAAAGGGAGGCAGCCAAAAGGAAACUCUUCUAGGAGAUUAUUCACUGCUCAUUUAGUCAUUAACCUUAAACAACAACAAUGUCGGGAGGUAUUGCUCGUGGUCGUCUUGCAGAGGAACGGAAAGCUUGGAGAAAGAAUCAUCCCCACGGUUUUGUUGCUAAGCCGGAGACACUUCCCGAUGGGUCAGUGAACUUGAUGAUUUGGCACUGCACCAUCCCUGGUAAAACUGGGACUGAUUGGGAAGGUGGUUGUUAUCCACUUACUAUUCACUUCAGUGAAGAUUAUCCGAGUAAACCACCAAAGUGUAAAUUCCCAACAGGCUUUUUCCAUCCAAAUGUCUAUCCGUCUGGAACAGUUUGCUUGUCGAUCCUCAAUGAAGAUAGUGGGUGGAGACCAGCCAUCACCGUGAAACAGAUACUGGUUGGUAUCCAGGACUUGUUAGAUCAGCCAAACCCUGCUGAUCCCGCCCAAACUGAGGGGUAUCAUAUGUUUAUUCAGGAUGUUCUGGAGUACCGAAAGAGGGUGCGCCUGCAGUCUAAGCAGUAUCCACCUCUUGUUUAAAGAGAAUGUUUGUCUAAUCUUGUGGUUGGCUCUAAUGUAUGCAACGUUUGCUGUCAAAUAGAGGGCAAGGAAUCUUCUAGCUAGUGAUUCUGAUUGGUAUUUGUUUAAGUGGAGAAGUAAAUAUUUAUAACUACAGGAUUUUAUAUCUGAUAUUGCAUUUCAUAGAGUUUGUGUAGAACAAACACAGCUGCAAAUUGUUAUCUAAAUGUUGGAAAUGUGUUGGAAGUUA